AUGUUAGAAAAAAAGUUUGCUGACAUUGACAAGAAAUUUGAGAAUGUUUUAAACAAGAACAAGAGGAAGUUAGAAAAUGCUCAGAUAAAACCCAUACAUGACAAGUUCUUAUUUGCUCAGAAUGGUAUAACAGGUCUAAUUGCACCGCCUGGGUCGGGUAAGACUUUCACUUAUCUUAAAAUGGCUGCACAACAACAAGAACUAGAUGAGAAGAACCCAUUCUAUGAGUUAGUUGUUAUUUGUAGUACUUCUGGUCAAUUUGACCAAACCGUCAAUUCGUUCAAAGAUAUUAUAAAGAAGUCUAAGUUAGUAUGUAUAAAAGACUCUGAGUUGUUAGAUUGGAUAAAGAAGUACCAAAGAAGAGUUUUGAAGUACAAUGCUAUAA